GCCCACAGCGUCACCUGCUCGGUUGUUAAAACAACGCGCGCACACACAGGUGCACUCACCUAAUCACAAUUCAAAGUGUGAUAGAGCAAUGUAAACAGAAAAGUUCGAGGACGUGAGGUGAUGGCGCGGAAGAAACCGUGCGAGUACUACUGGGCGCCUUUCAAAAGCGACUGUGAGGAGCUUCUGGGCCGCUUCCAGCAAACCGAGACGGUUCGGUACGAGGAGUUUUCUGCUAUCUGGAGGGAGAUGGACUUUUCUAGUGUGUUUUUUGGGACUCAUUCCGACCACGAGAGCAGAUCCUUCACGCGGCUCACUUUCACCAUAGCCCACAGCUACGUUCUGCCCCCAUACAGCUUUCAAAUUCGGGUGGGGGGCCUGUAUAUGAUCUAUGGCCUUUACAAUACACAGCUUGUUUGGCCAAAGGAAAAGAUCAGGAUUGCUUUGAAGGACUGGUACAAUGUGCAGAAGCUUAUCACGCAGGCAAAAAGUUGCCAGCAUCUGGAUGUUGUUUACAUCUUUAAAAGGCUUUUGUCAGCUAGGGCCUUUUGUUUCACUGCCAUGCCCAAGAAGCUGACAUUUGAAGCAAGUGAUCGUGUUCAACAUGAUGUGAAUGAAGAGUUUCGGGCCCGCAAGGACAGAGUGGCCGAACUUGCUUCCUUUGAAAUGCUAGGAGAAAUUGCAAACGUGCAAGGUCAUUAUGAUAGAUUGAAGAAAUCGUCAAUGCCCGCAUCAUCUGGAGUGACGCUGCUUAACCUGACGGAUUUACUUCGGAAAUGUACUUCUGAGUACCAACAGUGGCAGGACAAAAUCGUAGCUGCAAAGGAUAAAGACUCUAAAAAGGAAACCACUCAGAAAUCAGAGUCCUCCAGUAGAGCUGAUCUGCUUGCUGCCAUCAAGUCCAAAUCAUAUGGUCAUCUGCCAAAGGGGACAAAAUCUAGGCGUCACAGAAAGGUUAAGAUGGUAACAUCAGGCUCUGAAACUGAUCAAGCCCUGUUUAGUCGUAAAAGGAGACCCCCAUCCCUCAAGACCAGAACCUAUCAAAACUUUGGCAAAUCAGGGGAGCCAGAACAAACACAGGAUUGGCUUCUGAGUGUGAUGGAGGAAGACAAGAAUGCAUUGAAACGCAAAGACCGGAGAAGAUUCAAGUGGUGAAAUGACCAUAUUGCACUGGACAAAGUCAUGUCAAUUAAACUGCACAAAACCGCACAUUUUUCAUCCAAGCAUCUAUACAUAAAUUUGAGAAGUUGCAUUAUGUAAUUCAGUGUUUUAUUUCAUAAUAUGAAUACUUGAGCAUCUUAUUUCUUUUGUUUUGGUUUGCACAAAAAAAAUAAAGUAACUAAAAUAUAUAUAAUUAA